CCCAACAGAACCUUUCAUUUGUGUUCCCUGAUCUUUCAUUUUUUUUGCUCCAUCCAUUACUGGGAGAGGAUUAUGGUUUGGAGCUACGUUGACAAAGCUGAAUUUUUGAGUGAUAUUAGAGGAUCAUGGAACCUCUAUGUGAGUUUUGUGGGGUUGUAAGAGCUGUGGUUUAUUGCAAGGCAGAUUCUGCACGUUUGUGCUUGGAUUGUGAUGCGUGUGUGCAUGCUGCAAAUGCUUUGUCUCGCAGGCAUUCACGUUCUCUGCUGUGUGAUAAAUGCAAUUCUCUGCCAGCAAUUGUCCACUGCAUGGAUGAUAAAUUGUCUCUGUGUCAAGGUUGUGAUUGGGACCAAAAUGGUUGUUCAAUGCAGGGACAUAGGCGUCAGGCUUUGAAUUGUUACACGGGUUGUCCCUCUUUUACUGAGUUUCCUAGGUUCAUGUCCUUUGUGCUUGAUGCACCUACUUCCUUAGGUGGUUCAGAUCAUGGUUGGGGAUCACUUAUUAAUACUACAUUGCCUGAAAAUGACUGCUGCACUAGCAAGUGUUUGGAGCAACAAGAUAACGAUGGUUCCCUUGGUUUGGUGAGUGGCAAGUUGAAUGAAAUAGAAUCAUCUGUUGAAUAUGAACCUUGGAUGGAUCAAUCUUCCAUUAUUCCACCAAAUCCAAAUUACCAGAACUUGCCAAAGCUGCAGGAAUGUCCGAAUUUCAAUGAUCUAGUAAUCCAUGAUGGCGAUGUUUUCAACAUGGAUAAUGUUGAAUUUAACUUUGAAAAUAGUGCUGAAAUAUUUGACUCUUCUCAAAUUGCCACAAGAUACUCCCUUGAUAAUGGAGGAAUGGACUGUCAAUUAAUGGAAAACAACAUAUCAGUUACAGAAUCUAAUGCUCUUAUUGAGAGUGCCAUGGAGGCUUCAUUAUCAUCAGUUCAACAAGAUUCUAUGGCUUUUCAGUCUUCCAGAGCUGAUAGCUCAACUAUUGUGAUGCAGGGAAUCAACAGUAAUCCAAAUUAUGCACUUAUGCAUCCUAGCUUCAAUGAAAACAUCAACCUAGGAUUUCCUCAGGGCCAAGUUCAUUCAAGCAUGUCACUUUCACUAGCCAACAUCACUGGUGAAAGUAGUACUACUGAUUAUCAAGAUUGUGGAUUAUCACGAGUGUUUCUGACUGGUGAAUCCUCGUGGGAACCAAAUUUCGAGGUUUCAUGCCCACAAGCCAGGGAGAAAGCUAAAAUGAGAUACAAUGAGAAAAAGAAAACUAGAAGGUUCGGUAAGCAAAUAAGAUAUGCUUCUCGCAAAGCAAGGGCUGAUACAAGAAAACGUGUGAAAGGUAGAUUUGUGAAAGCUGGUGAAGCAUAUGAUUAUGAUCCUCAAGGAGCAAGGAACUUCUAAGCAGAUAUGGUCCUGACUGGUAAGGAAGUGUAAGAGGUAACAGGCAUGAGAUAUAAAGGAGCAGGAAGUUUGAACAGAUUCGAGUGGCAUCAGAGUCAGUUUCAAUUCAGCAUACAGAGGAGGAGAUGUGCAUGGUGAACCCCUUUUUUUUACAGUUGAGGGUCAACGUACUAUGUCUCGUAUAUGAAAACCAUCUAGUAAGGAAUAAAAGGGAAACUGGUGUUUGGCAAGCAACUACCACCACCUCAUAUUUUCUGCCUUCUAUUUCUUCAUCCCUUAAUAAUAGUGAUCAUGAUCAACUGUUGAUUGAAAGACUAUUGCUGUUGACUUGCUGAAAGCCAAUUUCACCUGGAGCAAUCACAUUUACCUUUGACAUCUCAACCUCUGAACUCCCUUAAUAAUCGUUGUGUUCAGUAUUCCUCCAUAGUUUCUUGGAGGAAUGGUCACUUCAUUUUUUAAUA